AUGGCGCGCUGCCGUGUUGGGACGCUCGUGCUACUGACUGUAACAACUGUUGCGCUUCUCUUUGCUGGCGGUGUAUGUUUCUCUGCCCCGGCAAGAGAUAGCAGCAGGCUGUUCGCAGGUUCAGGCUUGCCGAAGCAUCGUGUCAGCGAUGGCCGGGAUAGACCAGCCUUAGCAGCAGGGGCUUCUGCUGCAUCAAUGUCAGCAUCGCAGGUGUACUUCACCGGGAUUGGUUGGUAUCUCAUGCACUUUGUCGUCAGCAUUGGAAACGACAGCAUCAUGAAGUUUUUGGGAGAGAACCUGCCGCCCUUCCAGAUCGUUUUCUUGCGAUUCUCUGCUGCUGCUUUGGUGCUCCUUCCGGUUCUCCUGUUCCAGGGCCGAAGUGCUUUCAAAUCUGCAAGGCUCUCUAUGCAUGCUGCUCGUGGUCUCCUUCUUGCUCUCGGCAUUGGACUGUGGUGCUUCGGACUGAAUCUCAUGCCCUUCGCCUCCUGUGCGGUGAGCUCAGCACAUGCCAAGCACCGUGUUGCUCGCGAUGGCGUCGGCGUCGGCGCCGCGGCGUCUCCUGGCUCUGGCUCUGGUCCUGGCCGCAGCGCAGCUGUCGUUUUUCGUGUCCUUUGUGGCUCGGGCCGGGUGACGAGGACGAGGGCUGAGGUGCAAAUUCCCAGAGCCGUGAGACAGAGAGACGUUGCCGCCUCUGCAACUCGCCAAAAAAAAGCCUCCAGCACGGGCACACCGAAGAAAACCGGCAAGUAUCGUGGUCAGGUGAACCCUCGGCUGCGCAGCUUUCUGCAGUCCAAUGAGUACAGAGAAUUGCUGUCAGUUCUGAAUGGCUUGAACGAGCAAGGCCUUCUGGAUGAGUUCUUAGACAAAGCCGAGAAAUAUUGGAUGGAUAUCAACAUAUUUCAGCUGGCCAUGCAGGAGCAGGAUGCCGGUGGGAAGGGUGUGGUAGCUACCGUCAAGAAGGACUGGCCCAGGAUAUGGCCAGCCCAAAUGGAAGGCAACCGCAUGUAUGCCUUUGAGUGCUUCACCAACUUCUGGACCAGAUUGGAAAGAUCCAAACUUGUGGAGGACAUCAUGAAGGAUGUCCUCCCAGAUAUGUCGAAGGGCUACUCGGAUAAGCUGGAAAGCAAGGACCAGCAGCUGCUCAUGAAGCUGAGCGACGAAGAGCGACGAGAUGAGAUCAUGAAUCGUUUGGGCUCUUCACCACUGGUGGCUCAGUAUGGAGGACUCAGCAAGGAAGAUGCAGAGGUGAAAGCAAUCGGAGGGAAGAUGGCUCCUUUCAUUGCCAAAUUUGUUUCAAUUCUCGAGCGGAAGGUGUCAACGCAAACUGAAGCGCUUGGCCAAACCGUGGAUUAUGCUGUUGUGGCAGUCAUUGCCGUUGUGCUCUUGAUUGCGCUGAGCUUUGCUGGUGUUAUCCAGAUUCCAGUGGUCAUCAACAACACGAUGCCUUUCUUCAAGAUGCUCUUUGCGCAGCUCAUUCUUGGGGAGAAAGUGGGCAAGCAGCGUUGGCUGGCGAGCUUGGCAGGUUUUAUCGGUUGCUUGAUCGUUUUCAAUCCAACAGCUGCCACCUUCCAGCCCCAGUCAUUGGUUCUCCUGUUGUCGGCCUGUUGCUUCGCCAUGUUGGACAUUUUCAACAAGAAGUACACGGCGAGUGAAACCGUGACGUCCAUGCUGUUCUAUGGAGCCAUUUCGACCGCAGCCAUAGCAGCAGUGAGGGCCAUUCCUCACUGGGUGCCGGUGACAACGAGCCAAUUUGCCCUGAUUGGCUGCUUGGGCGUUGGGGCCAACUUCCUCUUGUAUUGCUUGCUGAAGGCUUUCAAGUACGUUGAUGCCUCUGCGACUUGCCCGUAUCGGUACACCGAGUUUGUGCUCUCAGCCUUGGCCGGAUUUUUCCUCUUCAAGGAGCUGCCGUCAAAGUCAACGUUGCUGGGAUCAUGCAUCAUCCUGCCAUCAGCAACUUGGAACCACUUGGAAUCACUUGGAAUCACUGGAAAAGGUGAGCAGUUGCAGCAGUUGCAGUUGGGCUGUGGAACUUCCCAGGUGAUUUACACGGCCUAUAUGGAGACACGAGCCACCGAGCCGGAGAAACUAGGAAAGAGGAGACAGUGGAGGCUUGAAGUGGCGGCGCUCAGACGUGGCUGCGGCCUGCUUGCUGUGAGCAAAAGCGGCUCUCGUGAGCAGGAUGGCCAUGGUUUCACAGUGCUAGGCCUAGAUGAGAUGAAAAAGGAACUAGAAGGAAGUGACCUCUACUCUUUGAAUGUUGAGCUUCACAAAGAACGGGAUCUGCAUAAGAAAGCCGUUAAGGGUGGUGCAGAGUGGGCCACGGAAGCGAGGACCUUUCAGGUGUCCAAUGUGAAGGAAUCUACUGAGGUGGCCCUUCUUCGGCAAAAACUUCUCAGUGAGUCGAGCUCUUUCGGGAGACUUCAGUCCAUUCUGGCAGCAGAGGAGAUGACGGCAGCAAAGGCCAACGAGUCCCUGGAGCAGCUUCGCAAGGACGUAUCUCGCGGAGAAGCCGAAAACCUGAAGAAUCAGCUCUCCCUGCAGAUGGGAAAGAGCUCCUCACAAGCACAGCACGUGGUGAUCCUGCAGGAGAAACUUGAAGAAGAAGUCAAGGAGAUGGAUAGGCUUCGGCAUCAGGAAUUGCUCCGACGCCAUCAAUUCACAUUAGAAGCCGCGGAAGCUGCGGCCCACCGUGCAGCUUGCCAAUUGGCUGAGGAUCGUUUGGACAGCGUUCCUGCUGCUGAGAUGUCAGAGCGCUUGCGCAGUGCUCACGAGCAGCUUCAGGAGCAGCUGCUGGGUCUUCAGGAGGAGUUGAAGGAACUCAAGCGCGAGCGUUUGCAAAGCGAGAAGCGCGAGAAGCAAAACUCAUUGAGAGAUGAAGCAAGUGCAGCAAGUGACAGGAUGCAACACGUGCAACACGUGCAACACGUGCAACACGUGCAACACGUGCAACGGAUGUCGCAGAGCGUGACGUUGGAUGCCGUGGAUCUUGUAGGUCCGGCAGGUCUGGCAGGUCCGGGUGAGUCUUCCCAAAGUGAAAGCGCAGCAAAGGAAGCAGCGGGAUCCGUUGCGCCUUCGGACGUGGUGAAAUCCGUUGCAUCAGCUCCAGCCGCUCCAGCCGCUCCAGCUGGUCGCAUGUCUGAUAGCAGUGGUAUCAAUCCGCAGUCGCGGCCUGAGCGUCUCAAGUUGCACAAAUCCAAGCAGACCAUGAAAUACGGUUACAAUACGAUUACGUACUUCAUUAUACUCCUAUCAUCUUCUAGAAUACGGUCACAUACGGUCACAUACGGUCACAUACUUCAAACAGUAGAAUAUUCUAGAAUACCACUGUAUCUAUAG